AUGCGCAUCUGUCCACAGCCCUUUGGAGACCAGAGGGUGCUUUCCUGCCCCGUCUCUGGGAACAAAAGGUCCACUCAAGAGCACUAUGUCCGGCCCGAGGAACAAGUGCUCAUCAACCGCCGAGACAUCACUAGCAAACAGGAUGCCUGGGACGUGGAGGAGUUCAUCACUGGAAUGUAUAUCAAGCAGCUGCUCCGGCACUGGGCCUUUCAGCUGCUGCUGGCCAUGCUGUUGGCGGUCAACUCCAUCACCAUUGCGCUCCGCACCAACUCCGUCCUUGGCCAGAAACACUAUGAGUUGUUCUCUACCAUAGAUGACAUUGUGCUGACCAUCCUUAUCUGUGAGGUUCUCCUUGGCUGGUUAAAUGGCUUCUGGAUUUUCUGGAAGGACGGCUGGAACAUCCUCAACUUCCUUAUCGCCUUUAUCUUGCUCCUGGGGUUCUUCAUUAAUGAACUCAAUGUCAUCUCUAUUACCUACACCCUCAGGGUACUUCGCCUGGUGCAUGUGUGCAUGGCGGUGGAGCCGCUGGCCCGGAUCAUCCGCGUCAUCCUGCAGUCGGUGCCUGAUAUGGCCAAUAUCAUGGCCCUCAUCCUCUUCUUCAUGCUGGUAUUCGCCGUGUUUGGGGUCACUCUCUUUGGUGCAUUCGUGCCCACACAUUUCCAGAACAUGCCAGUUGCGCUGUAUACCCUCUUCGUCUGCAUCACCCAGGAUGGCUGGGUAGACAUCUACAAUGAUUUUCAGAUAGAGACCAGAGACUACGCAAUGGAGAUUGGGGGUGCCCUCUACUUUGCCACCUUCAUCACCAUCGGUGCCUUCAUUGGCAUCAACCUGUUGGUCGUCGUGGUGACCACGAACCUGGAGCUAAUGGUGAAGGCAGGAGAGCAGGGGCAGCAGAAUCAAAUAAACUUCAGGGAGGCAGUCGACAUGGAUGAGUUCGGGAAUUAUGACCUGCCACUAGUACACUGUGCGGUGGCCCGUUUGGAGGUGUCCGGCCUUCCCCAGGAGCCGCUUAUGGGAGCCCCCGUGUCAAACCUCUCAGAAAAGACAUGUGACAACUUUUGCUUGGUGCUGGAGGCAAUACAGGAGAAUUUGAUGCAGUACAGAGAGAUCCGAGAUGAGCUCAACACGAUAGUGGAGGAGGUACGCUCCAUCCGCUUCAACCGGGAGCAGGAAGAAGAGCUGUUGCAUAGGCAUUUCUCAAAGGGCCUGUUGAUGGAGAGCAAGUCUUCCAUGGACAUCCGUGAGAUGACUAGCCAGCAAGACUUGAUCACUGCGCUUGUCUACAGAGAAAAGGCUCAGGAAUCUACCACAAGUAUCCUCCCUAACAAGCACAAGAGUAGCCGCUGA